CUGAGCAGUGAAAGGAGACUGAAUAACCCAGUUAUGAUCUGUGUCUUCAUUCUGUAUUCACGGAAUCUGAUUAUCAUCACUUCUCUUUUUCUUUUACCCCCUACCCCCAAACAAGAUGAAAGGAUUCCAUAAUGAAAAGGGUGAAGGAAACAGGACUGUUUAUUUCAAUGGAGCAAGCAGGCAGAUCAAGCAAACUGAAAACACAUAAUCGACAAUGUAUUGGGAGAGGGUAAAUGGAUUUUUAAUGAUUCACAGCAACCACAUUUAUCCCCUACUGUUACUAGAGAGAAAAAUGUCUUCAGAUAACCAGUGGUCAGCAGAUGGGGAGGAAAGCCCACUCUCACGACUGAUUAGGAAAUCUAGAGACUCCCCUUUUGUCCCCGUAGGAAUAGCAGGCUUUAUGACUGUGGUGUCCUAUGGUCUUUACACGUUAAAGUACAGAAGGGAUCAGAAAAUGUCCAUUCAUCUUAUUCACAUGAGAGUUGCUGCCCAAGGAUGUGUUGUAGGAGCUGUGACUCUAGGUGUUCUCUAUUCUAUGUAUAAGGAUUACAUUAGACCUCGAUUCUUCAAUGUGUCCAAAAAAUGAAGCUACAUACAAGACAAGAAGGCUUCUGAAAACUAUUUAUUCUGAAGAAUAAAUUUUCAGUAUGUAGUAAAUUAUACUGCAAAAGUAUGAGACAGGAUUCGCAUAGCCU